ACCGGGUAGCCGGGAACUCACUUUCCCAGCGACCCGUUUGACAGGGCGGGGCGCCUCACGAAGAUGGUGGCGCGCGCGGCGUGUGGCUCCUGUCGUCUUCUCCAGUCUCAGCUCAGCGCACCGGCCAGCGUUUCGCUGGUUUGGAGUCCCCGCCCUCCGGGUCCCUGACCCCGCGCCCCCUCUCCGUGUCCCCUAUUCCCAGUUCCAGGAAUGCCUCGCGCUCGUAAGGGCAAUGCGCUCCGCAAGGGCGGUCAACGCCGUGGAGGAGGUGCCAGGAGCAGUGCCCAGGCCGACUCGGGUUCCAGUGAUGAGGAAGCGGCCAGCGAGGCCCGGAGCACCACCAGCGAAUGUCCCAGCCUGCUCAGCGCCACCGCAGAGGACUGCCUGGGUGGGGAAGCAGUGGAUGAGCAGAGCCAGCAGGAAACCCUGGAGGAAAAGCUGAAGGACCACGUGGACUGCCUGACUGACAAGAGUGCCAAGACCCGGCAAGGAGCUCUGGAGAGCCUGCGCCUGGCCCUGGCCUCCCGCCUGCUUCCUGACUUCUUGCUGGAGCGCAGCCUCACGCUGGCGGAUGCCCUGGAAAAGUGCCUUAAGAAAGGGAAGGGUGAAGAACAGGCUCUGGCGGCUGCUGUACUAGGCCUGCUCUGUGUGCAGUUGGGCCCUGGACCCAAGGGCGAGGAGCUGUUCCACAGUCUGCAGCCCCUGCUAAUCUCGGUGCUCAGUGACAGUACGGCGAGCCCCGCUGCCAGGCGCCAUUGUGCUUCUGCUCUUGGCUUGGGCUGCUAUGUAGCUGCCACUGAUGUCCAGGACCUGGUCUCCUGCCUGGCCUGCUUGGAAGGUGUUUUCAGCUGGUCCUGCGGCACUAGUGGCUCUGCUGCUGCAGCUCUGGUUCCUGCCAGCCUACAUGGCCUGCUCUGUGCUGCCCUGCAGGCCUGGGCAUUGCUGCUCACCAUCUGUCCUGGUACCCACAUCAACCAUAUCCUUGACAGGCAGCUGCCCCGGCUGCCCCAGCUCUUGUCCAGUGAAAGUGUGAACCUGCGGAUUGCUGCUGGUGAAGCCAUCGCGCUGCUCUUUGAGCUCGCCCGGGACCUUGAGGAGGACUUUGCUUAUGAGGACAUGGAGGCUCUCUGCAGUGCUCUGCGUACCCUAGCCACUGACAGCAAUAAGUACCGGGCCAAGAUUGACCGUCGACGCCAGCGCUCCAUUUUCCGUGCUGUGCUGCAGUUCGUUGAGGGCGGUGAGUGUGAGGAGGAAACAAUCCGUUUUGGACUGGAAGUGCUCUACAUAGACAGCUGGGCUCGCCACCGAAUCUACACAGCCUUCAAGGAUGUGUUGGGCUCCGGCAUGCACUAUCACCUCCAGAACAAUGAGCUGCUCCGUGACAUCUUUGGCCUGGGCCCUGUGCUAGUGCUGGAUGCCGCUGCCCUGAAGGCCUGCAAGAUUUCACGUUUUGAAAAGCACCUGUACAAUGCUGCAGCCUUCAAAGCCCGGACCAAGGCCCGGAGUCGUGCAAGGGACAAGCGGGCAGACAUCCUGUGAAGCACACUGGCCAACGAGAAGGCUACCCCAUACCCUUACCGUAUUUUUAACAGAAGACAGUGCAAAAACUGGUCCCUACCAGUGAUUGUCACUAUAUUUUUUUUAAUGAUGAAACCAAAAAUAGACAAAUGUGGGAGGGUCAAGGGGUCAGGACACUUAAGACUCUAGCCCUUUGUAUCUGCACUCAGCCCUGUGGCUGUGGCCUUUCGUCCUGUCCUGUCUCAGGUGAAACCAAGUGUGUGCCAGGCCUGCAGCUGAGGGACAGGUGAGAAAGGACUGUCCCUUUUGUUUUUCAGGCCUUGCCCCUCAGGGCUGCGGCUUUUGGGAGUGUGGCACUGGCCACCUUGGCAAAGCUGCCUAGAAUGGGUGUGUGUACUGAUUUUUAAAGAUAAGAGAAUUAAACAAUACUUAUCCCCCU